AUGCGCAUUCCGUACACGGAUGUCCUCGCUUCGCCGACCUCUAUCCCACCCUUCGCCGUCUCCCUGCAGGGCGGAUUGACUGCGUUGGUCAACUUCUUCCGAGCAACGUCGCCGGACAAGCUCCCAAAGUCGACAGUCGUCCUGACGGGGGCUGGAAUCUCUGUUGCUUCAGGGCUUGCAGACUAUCGUGGUGUCAGAGGCACCUACCGCGUCAACAAGUCCUACCGGCCCAUCUACCACUACGAGUUUGUCAGCAAUCACGAAGCUCGAAAGAGGUACUGGGCUCGCAGUUUUCUCGGCUGGUCGACACUCCACAAGGCGGUCCCUAACGCUGGCCACUACGCCGUACGAGAUCUGGGCAAGCUUGGCUUGAUCCAUAGUGUCAUUACGCAGAAUGUUGAUUCCUUUCAUUCCAAAGCCCACCCCCAAAUACCUUCUCUCGAACUACACGGCUACUUGAGAUGCACCAUCUGUACAAGCUGCAAGACGGAGUUUUCGCGAGUCGAGUUUCAGCGACAGCUGGCCCGUCUCAAUCCUCGAUGGGCAACCCUCCUAGAAGAGGCUGAAGCCUCAGCCGCCCUGGGGACGGAGACUGCAGAAGAGCCUAGAUUCAGAGGCCUGAGGUCCAACCCCGACGGCGACAUUGAUCUUCCCGAAGCACCAUACACGACCUUUAGAUACCCCCCAUGUCCGAAAUGCCUGCUUGACCCACCAGUGGCUUCCAACGGCCAAAAACACAUUGUUCAGGUAGACUCGGAUGGCGCGUGGGCCAUGCCCAGCACUGGCGGGAUACUCAAACCCGCCGUGGUUAUGUUUGGAGAGAGCAUCGCAAGUCAUGUCAAGGCUGCCGCAGAAGAUGCAAUAGACAAUGCUGGCAAGUUGCUUGUUCUCGGAACAUCUCUCGCCACGUACUCGGCAUGGCGGUUGGCGAAGCGGGCCAAAGAUCGGGGCAUGCCCAUUGCUAUUGUAAACAUGGGUGGUGUGAGAGGAGAAGACAUCUUCUUUGCAGAUCUAGACCCCCAACAGGAAGGCGAGCAAGCUGUGAGAGUCGACCUGUCAACGGAUCAGCUUCUGCCAGCGCUUGUGUCGCAGUUGCGACGUGCUGAAGCCGGACCUGAGCAUUGUCAUCAGCCACUCGGCCAUUCCAUGGACAAUUCAGCCGUAUUUAAGGAUAUGAUGUCAUGA